AUGGCCUCCCAUCCACAGUCAACAUCCACAGCCAUCGAGCUGCAGGACGUCCACCGCAUCGAUGAAAGAGGGGCAAGAUCAACCAUUGACACAUCCCAAGCACCACCAUCGGACGAUGUAAUGCAGGCCUCUCUCCUGGCCGAUUCCCAAGUCCCCGAGGGCGGCUACGGCUGGGUUGUCAUCUCAGGGUGUGCCGUGGUCACUUGGUGGUUCAUUGGCACAUCCUACUGCUGGGGGGUGCUGCAGGCGGCACUAGUCAAGGAGGGAGUAUCGACGUCGUCCACGUUGGCGUUUGUCGGUUCCCUUGCUCCGGCUUGCAUAUCGUUUCUGGGCAUCCUCAAUGCAAGAGUCAUCCGCAAACUGGGGACCAGGGUAUCGGCGAUGGUGGGCAUGUUCCUGCUCGGCUUGGGCGAGGUUCUCAGUGGGUUUGCGAUCAAGAAUAUUGGCGGCUUGUUUGCGACGGCUGGUGUGGUGAUGGGCAUUGGUAUUAGUCUCUGCUUUAUGGUGGUUUCCAUCACUCCGUCACAGUACUUCAAGGCUAAACGCGGCAUCGCAAAUGGCAUCGUAUAUGCCGCCGGCGGACUUGGUGGUGCCGUCAUCAGCUUCAUUUUGAAUGCGCUUCUGGGCAGUGUCGGCACGGCGUGGACAUUCAGAAUCCUCGGCUUCAUCACCUGGGCUACCGGCUUGCCGGCGGCAUACUUGAUCAAGCAGCGGGUCGCCAUUCCCCCAUCGGCAUUGGUUGAGUGGCGUCUCCUUCACGACGCCCGGUUCGUUCUACUUUUCGCCGCCGGGGCGAUCGCAACGUUCCCGCUCCUCGUGCCCCCAUUCUUCCUGCCUCUGUAUACCGACACCAUGGGAAUGGCAUCGAGUGUCGGCGCAGGAGUAGUGGCUGCGUUCAAUUUCUCAUCUGCCCUCGGCCGACUUAUGUGCGGAUUCUGCAGCGAUGCCCUCGGGCCGCUGAACACGUUGUUCGCAUCUCUGUUGUUGAGUGCUCUGAGCAUGCUGAUCAUCUGGCCGGUUUCGACAUCCAUUGGUCCUCUGAUUGUGUUCGUGAUUAUCAAUGGAAUGGCGAAUGGCGGGUUCUUCUCGACCAUGCCUACCGUGGUCGGCACGGUCUUUGGCUCUGCCCGAGUGUCUGUUGCCAUGGGAAUGAUUGUCACUGGCUGGGCAGGGGGCUACCUUCUUGGCGCGCCGAUCGCAGGGUACAUCUUGGAUGCAUCUGGCGGCGAGGCCAGUGGGAUUAGCGCCUAUCGUCCUGCCAUCUUCUAUGCAGGGGGCAUGGCUAUGGCUGCAGCUAUCAUGGCUAUCUUCAUCCGUCUUAAAACUGACAUGCGACCGUUCAAAAAGUUAUAG